AUGUACAUGCCGAGCGAAGCAAAUAUGAAUGGCAAUAAUAUGAAUUAUAUGCCUAUGCUAUUGAAUUGGAAUACGGAAGGAUUAUACGUUGUUUUCUCCUGGUGGCAUCCUAACAACAUUGGACUCUUGCUCCUUUCGAUGUUAUUCUGCGUGCUACUUGCUAUUGUCCACGAAUUUUUAAAAUACUUAUUGAAAUAUGAUCUGAGGCUACGCCAGUCACCAGAUUUAGAGAAGAGUAAGAAAAUAGAGGCUGAAAAAAUCAUAGGAAUAAGUUAUAACCAACGCGUUCUCCGUACUCUUGUUUUCUCCGCCCAAACAAUUCUAGCCUAUUUUCUUAUGUUAAUAGUCAUGACAUAUAAUGGCUUUUUUAUUCUUGCGGUGGUGUUAGGGGCAGCAAUCGGAUAUUUCAUUUGGGGUAUGCCCGCAAAAACAAAUUCAUCGGUUGAAGCAUCUACAGUCUGUCAUUGA